CAUCGACAAUGUGGAAACAAUCUGUACGUUUGGUCGUUUAUGCUAUUGCAGUUUUAUAUGCUGUGAGCAUCAUGGCGACAGCGAGUAGCUUAAGAAUGAAAAAGGAGGCGCGUACUUUCUUACGUCGUGAUGAACCUUCACAAGAUUGUGGCUCGCCUCAGACUAAUUACAGAUGUUUAUUCGUCUGUCCCAUGGACUCUUCAUGCCAACAAUUGGGUUUCAACAGAUCCGAAUUGUCCUGUGGCUGUCACUGUCAGCUAUGCCCUGACCAUAAAUAUUACGGUCCCGUGCAAAAUUACAAAAAUUCCAAGCCGUUGACCGACGAUCAAAGGAAGGGUUGUCCGGACGUUGUCUAUCCGUGCGAUAAUAAUGAUCAAUCGGGUGAUGAUAUCACAUUAAACAUCGGCUCCGAAUCUGGUUAAAAAAAUUCAUAGUUUGUAGUAGCUGAAGCCGUUGUAUGCAAAAAUGAGCCACUUGGAAUCUCGUUCACCCAACACCAUCAAUCUCCUCUCAUUCUCACCUUUCAUAACCUCUGUACAUUUCCCC